AUGAUGAAAAAGGAAGAGCAUGACGAAGAUCUACUUGCGGAAGCAGUUGACGUCGCUCGCGAUUGCGAUUUCGCAAUCGUAUUCACCAGUCAUACGCCCGUCUGGGAGACCGAAGGCCAAGACCAAGUAAGCUUCAAUCUGCCUAAAGUUGGAUCCCAAGACAAGCCUGUGAUUGCUGUAGCCGGCAUGAAUUCGAUGACGAUUGUGGUGAAUUCCACCGGCAUUGCAGUAGCUAUGCCAUGGCUGUCAAAGGUUUCCGCUGUGCUUCAGGCAUGGUUUCCAGGACAAGAGGCAGGCAACGCAAUUGCAGAUGUCAUUUCUGGCACUGUGAAUCCAUAG